GCAGUCAAAAGGCUUUUGAAAAAUGCUGGACAAGGUGUACAAGAGUUCAAAAAUGAAGUUAUUUUGAUUUCCAAACUUCAACACAGGAAUCUUGUUAGGCUGUUGGGCAGUUGCAUUGAUGGAGAAGAGAGGGUGCUAAUAUAUGAGUACAUGUCAAACAAAAGCUUGGACUAUUUCAUUUUUGGUCUACUUCUCUUGACCAUUUAUCUUAUUAGACCAAUUUCAUUGUGCAUUUUAUGCAGCAGAGUCCUUUGCUCAAUUGGCAAAAUGAUAACUGAUGUACAACUUAUAUGGAUGGAAAUCUUGUGCAGAUCAGAAUCGAAAACUAGAGCUUCCUUGCGAAAAGCGAUUUGAAAUUUGCAUUGGCAUAUCAUGGGGACUUCUCUACCUUCACCAGGACUCAAGAUUAACAAUCAUUCAUAGAAAUCUCAAAGCCAGCAACAUUUUACUAGAUGAUGAACUAAGUCCCAAAAUUUCAGACUUUGGGAUUGCAAGAAGUUUUGGGAGAGAUGAAAUUGAAGCCAAAACAAAGCGAGUAAUCGGAACAUAUGGUUACAUGUCGCCGGAGUAUGCCAUUGAUGGGAAAUUGUCAGUAAAAUCUGAUGUCUUUAGUUUAGGUGUGCUUUUACUAGAGAUAGUGAGUGGCAAGAAGAACAGGAAAUUUCAUCAUCUUGAUCACUAUCAUUCACUUUUGGGACAUGCUUGGUUGCUGUGGAAUGAUCACAGAGCCCUGGAAUUAGUGGAUUCAUGUUUGGAAAAUUCAUACAUCGAACCUCAAGUAGUAAGAUGUAUUCAAGUGGGUCUACUAUGUGUUCAAAAACUGCCAAAAGACAGACCUUCCAUGUCAUCAGUAGUUUUCAUGUUGGGUAAUGAUGGGGUGGCAUUGCCUGAACCUAAACUGCCUGGUUUCUUUGUCGAGAGAAGUUCCAUGGAUGCAGAGACAUCAACAAGUGGGAGAAGUCAUACUGGAAAUUCCUUGACAAUAACAAUAAUGGAAGCUAGGUAA